AUGGAUAAAGUACAUGACAGUAUAAAGAGUAUCAACACAGGAACAUUACAAGGCACAAAAGACUCACUUAAAUCAUUAUACGAGAUUAUAUCUACAGUAGACAUAAAUGACUUAUUAAACUUACAAACACAAACACCCCAAUCUAAUUACUUAAUACAGUUACUUAUAACUACUAAAUAUAUAUACACUAAUAAUUACACCAUGGCGUAUAAUACAGCCAUUAAUAUUAUUAAUAAUAUACAGUAUAAUAAUACUAUUACUAUACUAGACAGUCUAUUAUCUAUUAUAUAUACGACUAUAAGGAUAUCCACUAAUAUGCUUAAUAUAAAUAUACUACAGGAGUACCUUAUAUCACUAAGUAAAUUAAAGGAGUAUAAUUGUACUGAUACUAUUACAGUAGUAAUAAACAGUAUACUAAUAUAUCUGGAUAAUAAUAAUAUGUAUGAUGAAGCAUAUAUAUUCAUACGUGGUAUAGAUGAGUCGUAUAUGAAUAAGUCAUCUGUAUAUAAUUAUUAUGCUAGUAAAGUGUAUUUUAUAUGUGGUGAGUAUAAGUUAUCUUAUUAUUAUAUAAAUAAGGCUAUAAUUAAUAGUACUGAUAGUGUGUAUACGGACAAGUGUACUGAUUUAUUGUAUAUAAUAAGUAUAUAUAACAAUAAUUAUAUAAUGUACAGUGAUAAUGUGUAUAAUAGUAUAUAUAGGGCAGUUAAGAGUGGUGAUAUAGAUAAGUAUAAUAGUAUAGUUGAGUAUAAUAUUAGUAAGAUAAGUAAGGAUAAGUUAUAUGGUGUAGUGAGUGGUUUAGAGUGUGUAGUGUAUAAGGAGAGGGUACGUAGGAUAUGUAAUAUAUACAGUAGGAUAAGUAUAAGUACUGUUAGUACUAUAUUAGGUGUAAGCAAGGAGAGUGUUAUGUAUAUUAUUAGUGAUAUAAUAAGUGAUGGGAGUAUUACUGGCAGUAUAAUAAGGGAUGAGUAUAUCAGUGAGGACAAGGUUAUCACUAGGGACUGUUUAAAUACGGAGGAUAUGCUAAGUGUAUCACAUACACUGACAAUGAUAAAGAAGCACGUACCUGUACACAAGAAGACCAUAGAAGAGAUGCAGAUGGACAUGGCGUAUAAUGAGUACAGGAUAUAAUAAAGAACAAGAAUUAGG